AUGGACCCGCGAGGCUCAGUAGGUGAGCCCGAAACUUCGUGGUCGCCAACCACAACGCCUGGUUCCGACAUUAUCGAGGAGGUUCAACGAACAACCCCGUUACCAGUCCCUAUCACCACAUCAAGUGCACCUACCAGAAUGCGCCGACCCGUCCAACGGCCUUUGCGCAUCGAGAAACGCCGUGGUUCCGGUGGGACGAAGGUGUACGAGACGUUCGAGAUCUCGGUCGUGAACCCGAGAGCGAGUAUAGAUGGUUCGGAUGUGUCGACGUCGUCUACGCUGACUAUGAUCACCUCUGCAACAUCAUCAUGCACCGAUCCAUGGAGCUCGCCAGGCGGAUUUGUGGAGGAGGAAGAAGAGGAAGGCGAUAUCAAUUGGAAUGAAGACGAGGAUGCGGUUGUGGUCCCGAAACUUGAGCCAGUCGAGGAUGUAGAUAUGGCAGACAUCACGGAUACGAAUGAGACAAUAGGGCCCGAGCCGCCUACAGCUGGGUCAACGCCAGCGCAGACAAAGAGACCUCGCGGCCGGCCACGGAAACAUCCCAAACUAAAUCCCGAAUCGGCUUCUAAAAUCGCCAAGGGGAGGUCAAAAACGGGUUGUAUUACCUGCAGGAAACGAAAGAAGAAAUGUGACGAGGCAAAACCUGGAUGUAUGAACUGCGAGAAGAACUCGGUCAAGUGUGAGGGUUAUCCAGCGAAGACAAUAUGGAAGAGUGGCAAGGAAAAAGCUGAAGAAGCCCGAUUACGCAGGGCCGGAGCGUAUUCUCUGCCAAAAAUCCACUUGCCGCCAAUGAUCAAUGGGGUCGAGACGGAAGGCGACAGAAUGUUUUUCCAGCACUAUAUUACUCGGCUCAGCCUAAUAUUCACCGUUGAAGGGGAGCAGAAUGCCUUCAAAAACAUGCUUCUACCGAUAGCGUUACAACACACUGGCCUUAUGCAUUCGAUUCUUGCACUAUCUGGAAAACAUAUUGACUAUCGGUCACCAUACGGCUUACAAUUUCUACAGCAGCACCCUGGCAUAGACGUGGAAAUGCUUGAAGAGCGAUCACAAUUCCAUCACGACGAAGCAGUGAAGGAGCUGGUGCGGCAAGAGUCGUCGGCCGACUCGCAUGUGGUGACUGCCGCAACGUACGGCCAGAUCCUAUGUCUUGUCCUGCAAACUCUUUCCGACUCGAAACCUAAUGGGCAGCAUCGGUUCCACCUCCAGCACUACCGGAGACUCAUUCACGAGAGUCCACCGGAAGAUGUCGACUUUCUAAAAUUUAUUCACGAAUUCUUCCAGUAUCACAUUUGUGCAGAUGAACUGAUUGCUCUUCCUCAAGUCGGUGCUCGCGCCUUAGCACCGGAUGACUGGAAUUUGCCUAGUACGGUUCUACAACCAGCCGCCGUUCGUCUCUUGGGUGUCAACGAUGGCCUUUUUCUAUACAUGUCGAAAAUAACCAACAUCCGCAACCAAAUCCGAGAAAAUAUGGAACAGGGCAUUGACCCUGUGGUCGACUAUACCUCUCUAUACCGUGCUGCUGAGAUUGAUGCUGGUAUAAGAGAUUGGACGCCGGCAUGGCCGGAAGGAGAUUCCCGUGACCUAGCUGGUCUCCUAUACAAACAGAUGAUGUGGGUAUAUCUAUGGCGGACCAUCUAUCCUCCAAAAACCACACAUUGGAGACCAGACCCUCGUAUCACACAGGCCGUCGAUGAUGGUUUAACGCUCCUUGCCGCCUUCAAUCCUCGAGACCCCAGUCAAACACUGGUCCUGGCUCCGGCAUUUGUGAUUGGCUGCGCUGCUUUCGAGAAAGAGCAAAGGGACCCUGUACGCAAGGCGAUAGGGGUUGUGAAGGCGUACACAGAGUACAAGAAUUCAGAUACGGCGCUCGAGGUCCUCGAAGAAGUAUGGAGACUUAUGGAUGCUAAAGACGAGCGGAGUUGGGAUUGGCAGAGCAUUGCUCACAGCAUGGGGAUGGAUUUCCUAGCUACAUGA